AUGCAUCUGCUUUAUGCUUGCCUUCUGUUGCUCUCUCUUAGCGAUGGUUUCAGUCCUAACUGUCCUGGACGAUGUAGCUGUGAUUCUGCACAGUCGGUGCAGUGCUACAGAUUAACGGAGGUACCGUCGGGCAUUCCUUCCACCACCAAGAGGCUCUACAUUAGCCACAGCAAAAUUCAGCACCUCCAGCUCCCUAACUUCACUCCAGGGUUGGCUCUAGAAGAUUUUAUUCUGUUGGCCAGUGGAACAGAGUCGGUAGAAAAUGAUACCUUCAAAACUCUGAGUACCUUGAAGACCUUGGAACUCUGGAAAAAUAAGUUAAGACGAGUCCCCAGUGCUCUCCCAGCCAGUCUGGAAGUAUUAAAUCUAAAUGAUAAUUCAAUAAACAUCCUAUAUGGAUCAGAUUUUGAAGGACUGAAGAAAUUAAAAGUCCUUGAACUUAAAAACAACUGGAUCUCUUCGCUCUCUCCCAGCAUGCUCUCUUCCCUCGUCAGUUUGCAAAGUUUAAUGUUGGAUGGUAACAAUAUGGAGUCUGUAGCUGGACCCCUGACACUUCCCCAUCUGAAACAUAUGAGCAUGGAGAAUAAUAAACUACAUGUUAUACCAGGUAGCUUCUUUAAUUCUCUACAGUCUUUGCAAUUUCUCAGUUUCAGUGGUAACUUUCUGACUAAAAUUCCUAUUAAUCUACCCAAAUCCUUGCUAUCUUUAAAGAUGGAGAGAAACCAGCUUAAAGUGGUAAGGUUUCGAGAUAUGAAACACUUGGAGAAUCUUUCCCAUCUUUACCUGUCAGAAAACUUACUUUCUUCCAUUGAUGGGGCACAGAUCCUUGCCAAUUUAACCACGCUUGAAUUGUCCCAAAACCAGCUUCAAAUGUUGCCCCUGAGACUACCAGCAAGGUUACAAAAGCUCGAUUGUAGCAAUAAUCUGAUUCAGAGAGUUACAGCACAAGAAUUCCGGGACCUCAGAGACUUGAAGCAUUUGUUCCUGGACAACAACAUUAUUAGCUGGUUUGAAGCUGGAGCCCUUCAGAGGUGUUCUCAGCUCUCCAACCUGGCCCUGGAGCAGAACCUGCUGUUGUCCAUACCCCUAAGGCUCCCAGGGACCUUAGCCAGGCUGGACCUAAAAGGCAAUGCCAUCCGGGAUAUUGCAGAGAAAGAGCUCAAGGAUCUCAAGCAGCUUCAGGUUCUAAACCUUAGGAACAACAAGAUCUCUGCCUUAGAUCUGAAAGCCUUGGAGGGUCUGCCUCGCCUUAGGCACCUGUACCUGGAUGGAAAUCCGUGGAAUUGCACCUGCAGCCUCCUAAGAGCGAGGGAGAUCCUGAAGGCCAAGGGCACAGAUGUGAGGGGAGGACAAUGUGCAGCACCAGCUGAACGGCAAGGGGAGAGCUGGAUGUCUUCCAAGAAGAUCAUGAGGCAAUGUGAGCAUCACUUACGUCUGACCGAGAAAAGCAAAGAGACCAAAAAGAAAUUAAAACCUGAAGACCCUUCCAGUGUCAGAAUCAACAUGGAUGAUGAUUAUUAUGAUUAUGAAAUAGAUUAA